GUUGAUUCGGCCGGAGCUGCCAGCGGGGUGGCUGCCGCCGCGGCUUAUUACAGCUGCUGGAGCAGCAGCGGCCCUCGCCCCCGGGCACCCCUCCCGGGCCUCGAGCUCUGGCCGCGCACGAACAGUGGCAGGAGAGGGGCAGCAGGAUGAAUGUGGGAACAGCACACAGCGAGGUGAACCCCAACACGCGGGUGAUGAACAGCCGUGGCAUCUGGCUGUCCUACGUGCUGGCCAUCGGGCUCCUCCACGUCGUGCUGCUCAGCAUUCCCUUUGUGAGCGUCCCCGUCGUCUGGACCCUCACCAACCUCAUCCACAACAUGGGCAUGUACAUCUUCCUGCACACGGUGAAGGGGACCCCCUUUGAGACCCCAGACCAGGGCAAGGCGAGGCUGCUAACCCACUGGGAGCAGAUGGACUAUGGAGUGCAGUUCACGGCAUCUCGGAAAUUCCUGACCAUCACACCCAUCGUGCUGUACUUCCUCACCAGCUUCUACACCAAGUACGACCAGAUCCAUUUCAUCCUCAACACUGUGUCCUUGAUGAGCGUGCUCAUCCCCAAGCUGCCGCAGCUCCAUGGAGUCCGGAUUUUUGGAAUCAAUAAGUACUGAGGGUGCAGCCCCUUCUCCUGCGUGGGAUGGCAGGGGAGGGGUAGAAGCCUGUGCUGUGACGCUGAAGACAGAAGGAGCCGCCGGGUACCGCCGGAGCUGGGGGUUGAGCCUCUGGGCCCUAGUUUCCCCCUCACUUCCCCCAGUAGCAGACUUGAAGUAGUUUGGGGUGGGCCCCCCCCCCCCCGCCGGGGCUCUGACCCCUCCUGAUUCUUUUGAUCUUUUCCUUUUGCCUCAUGGGGGUGCUCCUGGAAUGGGCUGGGCUCCUGGGCUGAACACAGACCUAUGAGGUUCGGACGAGAGGCCAGGGAAGCCCCCUGCUCGCUCGCGCCUCCUUGGCCUGCUAAAGCACUUUAACCCCCGUGAGCAGGGCAGAGGGAACGGUACAGCUUCUAGUUUGUUUCACUUUAAUUCUUAAGUCUUUAGGAUGACACUUAGUGUGUGCUUAUAUAUACGAAAGCAGUUGUGUGAGAGUGCCUCAUCCCUCUGGGUAGAGAAUUGUCUAAUUCAAGUCAGACAGCUCCCGUACAGCACCCCCCGGGGUACUAGGUGCGGGUGGGGAGGGUAAGGAGAUGUGGGGGGAUGGGGCUGAGUGUGCAUGGCCUGGUCCCAGAGGUGGGGGGCCAGGGCUGCAGCAUUCUGGCCCUGGUGGAGGUGGGGAGGGGGCUGGGGGCAGGGGUGGGGAGGGUGAAUUGAGACUGAAAACAACGGGGCCGCAGAGCAGCGGGGGUUCGUGUAAGGUGCGGGGUGGGGUGGGGGGGGAACAGACCCAACCUCAUUCUUUGGGAAGUGGUCAGGGAAGGGGGCAGUCUUGGAGGGUCACUUACCCACAGCAUGGUGGGGGUAAUGGGAAGGGAGGCUGCUAUGGGUUUGAAGCUCCUGGGUUGGCAUGAGGGGGUGGAGAUGGGUGGAAGGGGCCUGUGCGUCAUCGUAAGCACAGGUCCAGUUUGACGCUCGUCUCUGCAGUGGUGUGAGGGCCGCGGGGACAUGGGACAGACAUGAUGAAUGGUGGGGCCCUUCUGCAGCCCUUCACCCGGUAACCUCCUUGUGCAGACUGCGCUGGGGCGGGGCCUCUCGUGUGGCAUGCACCUUUGGGGCCAUCAGGCCACCUCCAAAGGGGUUUGGUGGGCUUCAGAGUCCCGCAUGGUCCCUCUCAAGCGGGACAGCGGCAGGCGCAGGGAGUGACCUGCAGGGGCGGGAAGGAGCCGCCUUCUCCCCUCCCCAGCCUGACUGGGGUCCGUGUUAAUUCUGAGAAGGUGUGGGUGCCAGGGCGCUGAGGGAGCGGUGGCAGCGGCGGUGGUGGCGUCACUGGCCCUGUUUUCUGCAUCCUGGUCCCCCCAACCCCCGCCCCACGUAUCAUAAGGAACUUUGACCUCAAAAUCUUUCUAAGCAAAGUGUGAAUAGGAUUUUUACUCCCUUUGUACAGUAUUCUGAGAAACACAAAUAAAGGACAGUGUGUUCCUAUUUC